AUGUGUCCCGCGGUGCUGACUGCUGCCACGACGCUGACCUACGCGCAGGCUCAGCGCCUCGUCGAGGUGGACAUCGACGGGCGCCUGCACCGCAUCAACAUCUUCGACCCGCUCGAGAUCAUCUCCGAGGACGACCUGACGGCGCAGGAGCUGUCCGAGUGCAACAGCAACAAGGAGAACACCGAGCAGCACCAGCAGCAGCAGCAGGCCCCGCCACCCACCCCGGCCAAGCCGAGCCGCCACAAGGACAAGCAGCGCAAGGACGGAGCCGGCGCCCAGCAUGGCCACGGCGGCGGCGGAGGCGGUGGAGGCGGCGGCGGUCCCACGGGUGGAGGAGGAGGAGGAGGCGGUGGUGGUGGAGGCGGCGGCCCGUCGGGCAAGCUGCCCGAGGCGUCGUUCCGCCUGCUGGACCACGAGACGCCGGAUGCGCCGCCGCGCACGCCCGCCUACUACCGCUACAUCGAGAAGUCGGCGGACGAGCUGGACGAGGAGGUGGAGUACGACAUGGACGAGGAGGACUACGCGUGGCUGGACAUGAUGAACGAUAAGCGCAAGGCGGGCGGCGCGAGCGCCGUGUCGCAGGAGGCCUUCGAGCUGCUCAUGGACCGCUUCGAGAAGGAGUCGUACUUCGAGAGCCGCAACAAGGGCGGGCCGCACGCCCUCAUCGACGAGGACGCCGUCUGCUGCAUCUGCAACGACGGCGAGUGCCAGAACAGCAACGUGAUCCUCUUCUGCGACAUGUGCAACCUGGCGGUGCACCAGGAGUGCUACGGGGUGCCCUACAUCCCCGAGGGCCAGUGGCUGUGCCGCCGCUGCCUGCAGUCGCCCUCGCGGGCCGUGGACUGCGCGCUGUGCCCCAACAAGGGCGGCGCCUUCAAGCAGACGGACGAUGGGCGCUGGGCGCACGUGGUGUGCGCACUGUGGAUCCCCGAGGUGUGCUUCGCCAACACCGUCUUCCUGGAGCCCAUCGACAGCAUCGACAACAUCCCGCCGGCGCGCUGGAAGCUCACGUGCUACAUCUGCAAGCAGCGCGGUUCUGGCGCCUGCAUCCAGUGCCACAAGGCCAACUGCUACACGGCCUUCCACGUGACGUGCGCCCAGCAGGCGGGACUCUACAUGAAGAUGGAGCCCGUGCGCGAGACGGGCAACGCCGCAUCCUCCUCCUCGUCCGCCUCGGCGGCGGCGGCGGCUUCGGCGGGGGCCGCGGGGGGUUCGAGCUCGUCGGCUGCCGCGGCGGCCGCGGCUGCGGCGGCAGCAGCAGCGGCCGCCUCCGGCGUGGCGGGUUCGUCGUCGUCGUCGGCGGCCGCGUCGUUCAGCGUGCGCAAGACCGCCUACUGCGACGUGCACACGCCGCCGGGCUCGGUGCGCCGGCCGCUGUUGCUGUCGAGCGAGCCCGAGGAGGAGGAGGAGGAGGAAGAGGAGGAGGAGGAGAAGAAGGGCGCCUCGGCGGCGAGCAGCGAGAAGGCCAAGAAGGCGAAAGCCAAGUCGCGGCAGAAGAUGAAGAAGGCGCGCAAGAUCCUGGCCGAGAAGCGCGCCGCCGUGCCCGUGGUGUCGGUGCCCUGCAUCCCCCCGCAGAGGCUGAAGAAGAUAGUGAGCCGGGUAACGAUGCAGAGGAAGAAGGAGUUCAUGACGAGGUUGCAGAGCUACUGGACGCUGAAGAGGCAGUCGAGGAACGGCGUGCCCCUGCUGAGGAGGCUGCAGUCGCACUUGCAGUCCCAGCGGAGCGCCGAGCAGCGGGAGAACGACGAGAAGAACAGCGCCCUGAAGGAGCAGCUCAAGUACUGGCAGAGGCUGCGGCAAGACCUGGAGCGCGCGCGUCUGCUCAUCGAGCUCAUCCGCAAGCGAGAGAAACUCAAGCGGGAACAGAUCAAGGUGCAGCAGGCGGUGCUGGAGAUGCAGCUGACGCCCUUCCUGGUCCUGCUGCGGAGGUCACUUGAACAGCUGCAGGAGAGGGACACCAACAACAUCUUUGCUGAGCCCGUGUCCAUAGAGGAGGUCCCGGAUUACCUGGACUACAUCAAGAAGCCCAUGGACUUCUCGGGCAUGCGGGCGCGCAUGGAGGCGCACGGCUACUGCACGCUGGACGAUUUUGAGAACGACUUCGACCUGAUCGUGGCAAACUGCAUGCAGUACAACAGCAAGGACACCAUCUUCUACAAGGCGGCCGUGCGGCUACGCGACCAGGGCGGUGCCAUCCUGCGGCAGGCCCGGCGGCAGGCCGAGAAGAUUGGCUUCGACUACGCCACUGGCAUGCACCUGCCCACGGCACCGCUGUUCAUCGAGCCGCCCGUGCUCAAGUGGGAGGAAGUGGACAACCUGCUGCUGGCGGAGAACCGGGUGCACAUGUCGCUGGAGGAGCAGCUGCGGGAGCUGCUCGAAAAGCUGGACUUGACGACGAGCAUGCGCCUGGGCGGUGCGCGCUCGCGCCGCGCCAAACUCCUGCGCAAGGAGAUAAACGUGGUGCGGCGAAAGAUGUCGAUACACCACGAGGGCACAAGGCGGGGCAGCAGCGGUAGCAGCGGUGGGGCCCAGCAAAGGAGCAACGGGGAGCUGUGUAGCCUGGUGACGAGGACACGCGCAAACGGCGUUGGCGAGGAGGCGGCCAGCACCGCUGUCGCCACCACGCCGCCGGCCAUUGGCGCUGACAGCAACAAAGACUCGGCGACUUCGCAGUCCUCGCCCGUGUCGGACGUCGGCCGGCGCACUUCAGUGCUCUUCACUCGCAAGUGCCGAGGGGGCACGCGGCGAGGCCCCGGCCGCGCAAGCCGGCACGCGGACCCCGACACGUGCGCAGACGGCGCCGAGGGCGGGCAGGGAGCGGGGGACGCUGCCGCCAACGCCGCCUCCAAUGACGUUUCCCCCGCCGCCAACUCCAGGAAGCGCGCGCGCAGCUCCAGCGCAUGCUCGGACACGGAUGCCGGCGCCACGAGCACACACAUGCACAAUGGGCUGAGCAAUGGCUAUGAGAACGGCUCGGAUGGCGAGGAGCCGCGCUCUAAUCACAGUGAGAUGCAUCGUCUCUCCUGCGGCUCCGACUCCGACUCUGGCUCAAGCUUCAACAGCAGCGACCACAGCAGCGGCUCCGAGAAAAAGAACGGACAAGGAAAGCGGGGACACGGUCCGGACGAUGGCACGAUAGAAAACGGAGACCUGCCCGCGUUCUCGGACCCAGAGGCGCAGUGUGGACGGGGCAAGAAAGGGCUGGGGAAAUCCACAGCUAACCUGAAGGGACCCAACCGGCCGAACAUCUGGUUCUCCGAAGACGUUGAUACGCCAAUGGAACCGCUCGACCUGGUUUGGGCAAAGUGUCGGGGCUACCCAUCCUACCCCGCACUGAUAAUUGACCCGAAGAUCCCUCGGGAAGGCUUCUACCACAACAGUGUGCCGAUCCCGCUGCCGCCGAUGGACGUGCUGACGCUGGGCGAGGCGAUGGCGGCUGAGGCUGGGGAGAGUCUCUUCCUGGUGCUGUUUUUUGACAACAAGCGCACCUGGCAGUGGCUCCCACGCUCCAAGCUGAUGCCGCUGGGCAUCGAGGAGAGCCUGGACAAGCUGAAGAUGAUGGAGGGCCGCAAGUCCAACAUCCGCAAGUCCGUGCAGAUCGCCUACGACCGUGCCAUGACCCACCGGAGCCGAGUGCAGGGAGAGAACAGUGACUCGAGCGACGUAGAGUGAGCGAGCGCCUUCCUGCGCUCCCCGACCCUGCGUAUUUCCCCGCCUUACCUCAAUCACUGAUGAAAGUGAGCUCUGGCCGCGGCGCCACAGACUUCUGCCCCAGUAGUCGGGGAGGCUGCUCGGUGUGUGGUGGCCUGACUGUGCCGGGGCCCACACCGCUCCCUGGGUCCCACGCGGCAGCAUCUCCCGACUACUGCCGCCACCGUCUGCCCGCCUCGCCUGAUUUUAAUGGACUUCAGCCAGUGAAGCCUGCGGGAGCACAGAUGUGUUGUGCCGUCACGGCAACGCCACUUGUACUUGUUGCUGUACAAAGGUGUUUUAAAUUCCCGCUUUUACGCGCUCUUUGUUUUCCAAGUGGCGACGCUGUAAAGAUGCCUUCUUAUGGAUGGACUUUGGUUUUACAGAGUGUGUAUAUUAUUCCUCACAGCCCUCUUAAACAGAAGGCGGCGCCCGCGUUAUAUCUGUGGUAUCCGAACUAUUCACUUGAACUCUCUGUUUUUUGACACAUUGUCUAAUGAAAAGUGAUGUGACUUUUGUUAAAUGUGCAUGAUCUGGUAAACUGUAUUUUUAUACCUGCAUUAUUUUUUACUGUCACCAUCUGGCUGUACUCUGUUCUGGUCUUUUAUUUUGUGAAGUACUGGGGACCUAAAGUAGAAAUGUUAAAUGUACUGUUCUGGCAGUCUGUACUUUAUAUUUAUUGUAGAAACGAGUGCUUUGAUUGAUAGUAAUUUUUAUAAGGUGCUUGACUAGUUGGAAAGUGGUUUAUGGAAAUAUCUCUAUAUUUGUUUCAUGUUUUAUUUCAUCACAGUGCAGACUGUCAGUUUUGUUUCAAACCAAUAAAUGUGAUGAAAUCGUUUAA